UAAAAACAUUGUUACACAGUGUAAUGGGUUCAAGUGAUGAUUCUAAAUUAAAGAUUUCUUCAGGAAGGAAUAUAUGAAGUCUUGUCAAGAACUAAACAUGUGCAUUGCUUUUAAUUUGGUAUAUUUAAUUCUGGAUUGAAACUAAUGUGUAAUGUCUGGAAUAUUAAUGCAACUGUAAUAAUGCAGUGACAUGUGUUAUGUUAGGGGCCACCAUUACCAUUCCAGUGCCGACCACAACAGUACCUUUGGCAACUACAGUUGAAGAUCUUGGACCUGCAGUUGCACUUUAUGAAUUUGGAGUGACUGCAGGAGAUUUAAGCAUAAAAGAAAAUAAUCCAGAGGUCACAUCUGCAUUCUUGAAACCUAAAAUUGGAUUUCCAUUUGGAGCAACCAUGUACAAAUCUCUUUAUUUUACAGACACUGGCCAAAUUAUAUUCCCAGCCUUUGAUCGUGAAAUUAGAAAAUAUACUAAUCCACCAGCUGAAGGCUUCAAGACCUCCUCAAAGCCUGCUAUGUUAGCUGCGAUUUGGGAUGAUGCUGAUCUCAGCUCAGGAGGAAACAUUUUUUACCAGCUCAACCAGCAUAUUGCUUCCCCCCUUACAGGAAUACUCAACUAUAACUAUGUUGUAAAAGACAUAGAAUUGAAGAUUCAGACCAACCUAAAAGUGACCUACACAGCCAAAUGGACUCUCAAGAUCACAUGGGAAAAUAUCCCUGCAUACCCAGCUGAAAUGUUUAAGGAUAAGAGAAACACCUUCCAGGCUAUCAUCAUCACAGAUGGCGUUGAGGCUUACGCCAUGAUGCUCUACAAAGAUAAAGGAAUGAACUGGGACACUGAUAGGCUGGCCACUAGAAAUGUUCUGAUGGGUUACAACAGUGCUGAUGUUUUUUUCCUAAAUGAUGGCCAGAGGUCAAAAACACCAAAAGAUAAAUACCGACCUGACAGAUUUAUAGGAGCUAAUUCAAAUAUAAGGGGACUCUGGAUUUACAAGCUGACCAAUGGAAUCUUUAAAGAAAAUUUCAAAGUUAAGUGUCUAGAAUGGGAGAUGCAAGAUGGAAGAUACUGUACAGCUGGGACAGAUGGGGAUUUGACAGUGUUGCGCAGUGUUUCCUCGGCCUCUAGACAAGGAGCCAGGUGCCUCUAUAACAAAAAAGCUAAUUUCACAAUGGCUGGAUUGAGAGGAACCCAAAAAAAGAUCACAGAAAGUAGUCAAGCUGAAGAUUUAGAAAUUCAGCCCCAUACAUGGUGCUGUAAGAAUACUGAAGAUCCAAAAUUAUGUGACUACUACCAGACAAAGAGACCUAAGAGAGACUGCAGCUCUUAUAGAGCCCCAUCGUCAGGGCUGAUGAGUGGAGUUCCACACAUAGUAUCAUUUGAUGGUUUGUACUAUAACUUCAUCCUGAUUAAUGCUCGGGAUUCAGUCAGCAGCUUCACUUUGCAAGCUCGCACAGUCAUCACUCCUAAUCCAAAAGCCACCAACUUCAAUGAUUUUGCAGCUCAAUAUAAAGAAAAUGGGACAACAAACGCAGUUUUAUGGACCCUGAAAGGAACAGACUCAGUUGAUGUUACUGUAAACAGCAAACUAAUAUCAGAAUUCACAACUGGUAAGAUACCAGUUUGCUGUUGUAAAGAUUUUAUCAGACAACUGCAGGUAGAUCCGCAAAUGUUGACCUUGACUGUGAAAACCUUUGCUAAAAAUCAAGAUAUCGCCUUGACACUUUUACAGCACAUGAACUGUGCUAGUAAAGGAAUCAAGGGCUAUUCAGCAGUGUUUGAUCCAAAAAUUGGCAUUGUGUGUGUAUCGCCUUGUUUAACAAAUGACUAUUGCAAACAUGGAGGAAAAUGCCAACAUUACGUUGAAGGACCCAUGUGCAAAUGUGUUUCGUUUCAAAUGUACACACCAUAUGGUAAAAAUUGUGAAUACCUGACUAUGAAUCUUCAGGCAUUCUUUGGAAUUCUGUUUGGAACCGUGACUUUCAUCUUUGUCGUGGUGGUAUUGCUAUCACUGCUGUUUUAUUGCUAUUGCGUAAAAUGCGUUGCUCACCUAAUUUAAAUGAAAGGUAUGUUUAUUCUACUCAUGAAAACAUUACUGAAAACAAUACUGGAACUACUUUACUGAAAACAAUACUGGAACUACAUUAUUGAAAACAAUACUUUUUAACUACAAGGAAUACCAAACUGUAUAAUGUAAAUAUUUAAUAACAAGCCCUUUAUUUCUUAAUGACCAGCUUGGUACAGAUCUAAUAUACUACUGUUACCUUAACCAUACUUGGAGAGUACCGGUAUCCAUGUUUGAAGAUGCCUUGAAUGACGACUUAUACAAAGAAUGAUACAGUACAGUGAAAGAAUACAAGAAGAAUACAUUAGUUAAGACAACUGUGCUAUUUCAGACACAUGCCGUCUUUAAAUCACUGUUAAUGUAAUGCAUUUAAUAAAACAGUUGUCGCAUUAUUUCAUAAUUUAAAAUUAAUAUUCCACAUACUGUAGUAUAGUUUAAAAUAUUGAAUAAUCAUUCACAUUACAAUGGUAAUUGAUUGCAGGAAAAUAGAUUACAGCAGAUUUUUUGGGGAAAAUAUUAGAAAUGUACUAAAUGUACAAUUAGUACUUUUUUCUUUUUACAGUGAAGAGCCUGGUUUCUACUGGGGUUAUGGGCCUUUUAAUUGUAAGUAAAAACAUUGAUAUUUAAAAAGCGAUAAAGAAGGGUUAUAGCUAAUGAAAUAAUUAAAAAUAUCCUGUGGCCUUAAAGCAUGGUUAUAAUGUACUUAUUGUAUUAAUUGAACUUGUCAUUUUACCUCCCUUUCUGCAGCAUUGAGUCGAAUGAAAGAGGAUUCAUUGAAAUCUCCAGACAAUCAACCACUUGUACAGUGGAAAUCUAAACCUGAAAGGUAAUACUGUAUAUAAAGGGAAUUUGUUGUCAACCAAUUAUUACAAGGCAGAAGAUGGUAACUUUCUCUGUGUCUUUAACACACCAUGCCAUAAAAAUCACACUCCAGUCAUAUUUUCAGAUUUACAGCAAGUAGCUAAAUAUGAAAUUGCACAUUCCUAAGAGGGAUAAAUAAAUAUGGAAUGGUGCCAAACAGCUGAUCUGAUUUGUACAAGUUAAUGUCUUGCAGGGUCUUAUUGUACAGGAUAAAAAUGUAAUCUGUUGCAGUUUAAGCAAGAGUUUCUGGCAGCUCAGAUUGUGAGAAAUGUUACAUGGCAUGUCGAUGGUGUGGAUACAAUUUUUAAACUUCCCAGUGUUUCUCCAUUUUUUUUU